AUGGCCAGAAGUAGCCAAGUGGCCAUCUGGAGUAUUGAAUCCAGAUUUGACUCCGACGCCAUAAUUCUUGCCCCCUCUGAAUUGCUGUCUCGAACAAGACGUAUGAUCGUACUGAGCGUAUGGCGAAUUCUAUAUAGGAAGACUACCCGUAUAUUACCAUAUUUUGACCCUCUGAACGACGACGAGGUCCUGAUUCGACUAGGUAGACGUCCACUACUCAAUCGCAGUUUUGGUUUUAUGUCAAUCCUCGGGCUGUCCUGUUCAGCGCUGUGUUCUUGGGAAGGGAUAUUGGUGACAUCGGUCCCAAGUUUUACGACUGGAGGGCCAGCCGUGGUGAUAUGGACGUUUGUGGUCGGCUGGAUAGGAAUCACCUCUGUAUACACUGUGAUGGCCGAACUGUCCUCGAUUGCGCCGACGGCAGGCGGACAAUAUCACUGGGUAGCCAUGAUGGCGCCAGAGUCCUGCUCGAACUUCCUCACUUACUUAACUGCGUGGCUGACUACCUUGGCUUGGCAGGCCAUCGCUAUAACGACUAGUUACCUCAUUACGACAACUCUCCAGGGCGUCGUCGUUCUAGCACGGCCAAGUUAUAUUCCAUUGCCAUGGCACACACUACUCAUUAUGUGGGCUAGUAUAUUAUUCGCGGUGCUAAUAAACUCAACAACCGGUCGUUUCCUAGCAAGACUUGAAGGUGUUAUCCUUAUCCUACAUUUAGUAGGAUUUUUUGGGAUACUGGUGCCCUUAGUUUACUUUUCACCGCACAAUGAUGCGUCUGUCGUGUUCACCGAUUUUUUCGAUAAUGGUGGUUGGGGGUCUCAGGGGUUGACCUUCUUUGUAGGACUUCCGUCCAUCGCCAGCACAUUGAUAGGUGCCGAUUGUGCUGUACACAUGUCCGAAGAAAUCCAGUCGGCCGCUACAGUCGUUCCCCAGGCCUUGGUUUAUACCAUUUUCAUCAAUGGCUCUCUCGCAUUUGCCAUGACCAUUGCUCUUAUGUUUUGUAUCACCGAUAUCGACGCUGCAAUGGCGGCAGCGGAGACGAUGUUCUAUCCAUUUUUGGAAGUGUUUCAGUCCGGGGUUAACUCAACCACGGGAGCAGUUAUAAUGUCUUCUGUCGUUCUCAUAUUAGCAGCUGCAAGUACCGUGGGGGUAUACGCCUCAGCUUCAAGGAUGAUAUGGUCGUUUUCGAGAGACAACGGACUGCCAUUUUCCCGCCAUCUUGCUAAGAGGUCGUCUUUACCAAUUUACGCAAUAUUUUCUACGAUGGGCAUCUCAAGUCUCAUAUCGUUAAUUGUUCUUGGACCCGCCGUAGCGCUCUCCGCCCUUUUGUCUCUCGUUGUGGCGGCUCUCUACUCCUCUUACAUGAUAGUGUGUGGAUUAUUCUUAUGGAGACGGUGUACCGGGAGCUUCCGAAAAGCUGAGGACGCAUGUGACCCAGCAGAGGGCCUUGUAUGGGGUCCUUGGAAGCUUCCCGAGCCACUCGGUAUCUUGAACAACGUCUUUGCCUGUCUCUAUAGUGCAGUGGUGCUCUUUUGGUCGUUCUGGCCCCAGACCACCGCACCAACCCCGGAAACAUUCAACUGGAGUAUCCUCAUAUUUGGCGCCGUAGUUCUGUUUAGUAUUGUGUGGUAUAUGAUACGAGCUCGACAUCAUUUCAGGGGACCCAUCAAGGAAAUUUAACUUACAUAUUGUGGCCUGGAUGGUGAAUGGUUGUGAGUGAUUUUAGGAUCAAAAAAGUUUUAGAGUGAAAGGGACGGGAUGGGAGACGGAUAGUGAGGUGAACCGAUAGAAUCGAUAAGAAUGAC